GAAGGAGCUGCUGGAGUUGUGUGAAUGGCCAGACGACAGCUGACGCUGCCUGCGAGAAACAGCUAACAGCUGACAAUCUUAUAGCCAGGACAGAGCCGCAGUCAAGGCCAUAAAAUGCAAAAGGAGAACAAUGUGACGGCAGAGAACUGCCAAUUCGUUGGCCCCUAUCGCCUCGAGAAGACCCUCGGCAAGGGACAAACGGGACUUGUCAAGUUGGGCGUGCAUUGUGUGAUUGGCAAGAAGGUGGCCAUUAAAAUAAUCAAUCGCGAGAAACUCAGCGAAUCGGUGCUAAUGAAGGUUGAACGUGAAAUUGCCAUCAUGAAACUAAUCGAUCAUCCGCACGUGCUCGGUCUGAGCGAUGUGUAUGAGAAUAAGAAAUAUUUAUAUCUUAUAUUGGAGCACGUAUCUGGCGGUGAGCUGUUCGAUUAUCUGGUUAAAAAGGGACGUCUAACGCCCAAAGAAGCACGCAAGUUCUUCAGGCAAAUCAUCUCAGCGCUGGAUUUCUGUCAUUCACACUCCAUAUGUCAUCGUGACUUGAAGCCCGAGAAUUUGCUGCUGGACGAGAAGAAUAAUAUUAAGAUAGCGGACUUUGGAAUGGCCUCAUUGCAGCCAGCUGGCAGCAUGCUGGAAACAUCAUGUGGUUCACCGCACUACGCCUGUCCAGAGGUCAUACGGGGUGAGAAGUACGAUGGACGCAAGGCGGAUGUGUGGUCAUGUGGUGUCAUACUGUAUGCACUGCUGGUGGGUGCGUUGCCCUUCGACGAUGACAACUUGCGCCAGCUGUUGGAGAAAGUCAAGCGCGGCGUCUUUCACAUACCACACUUUGUGCCGCCCGAUUGCCAGAGUCUGUUGCGUGGCAUGAUUGAAGUCAAUCCGGACAGGCGUCUAACGCUGGCCGAAAUAAAUCGUCAUCCCUGGGUCACGGCUGGUGGCAAAGGCGAGCUGGAGCUGGAGCUGCCCAUGAUGGAGGUGGUGCAAACACAUGUCAUACCCACAGCCAAUGCUGUGGAUCCGGAUGUCCUCAAUGCCAUAUGCUCGCUCGGUUGCUUCAAGGAGAAGGACAAACUCAUACAGGAGCUGCUUAGCGCCAGCCACAAUACCGAAAAGGUUAUUUACUUUCUGCUGCUGGAGCGUAAGCGUCGUCGGCCGGCGCUGGAGGAUGAUGAGGAGAUAGCACAGAAAUCACGCAGUGAGCUGGAUGCAGUGGAUCCGCCAAGAAAGCGACUGGACAAAUGCCGCAUCAAUGGCACCAAUGCGCCCAGUUAUGGACAGAUCUCGGAGGGUUCACCACUCACGCCGCGACGACAGGCCUUCAAUUUCCGCUCGUAUAGUAGCACACGGAAUCACCAGAGACGCUCGCCCACAACAGUGUCGUCUUCGGUGCGUAGCUCCUCAUAUCACAGUCCGACACGAUGCAACUCUCCGAUGAGUUCGGCCCAGCAACAGGCGAAUGCCAUAUCGAGGCCAUCCUCGCCAGCGGCGGGCACACGUCAUUCCACGUAUGGGGAUCGUGAACGUUCCGGUUCGGUGCAUCAUCCGUCGGUCAGUCGGACGCCAUCGCACAGCUCACAGAAGAGCAUUGAGGGGGAUGUGGUGGUGGUGAGGGAACCACGUCUGGAGCGUCGCGAUUCGUCACGUCAGGCGCCAGAACGAAGUGGUUCCGUGCGGGAUCGUGGCGAUUGUGUGGGUCCACCGCCUGGCAGUCCCGGUGGCAAUUCGGGCAGCAAUUCAUCAGCGGCAUCGCCAUCGGUGCAUCAUCGCGCCAACUCAGGUCCGACAAUUGCCAUUAGUAUGUUCCACGAUCCAGACUCGAAUAGUGUUGUGAAUCCUAAUGGCUCGCCAAUGCUCAACAAUAGCAGUCCUGGCAUGCCCGGCUCACCCUGUAAUACGCCUGGGGGGCAACUCUGGAAAACGCGACUCACGAAUAUCAAGAACAGCUUUCUGGGCAGCCCGCGUUUCCAUCGCAGAAAAAUGCAGGUCUCCGCCGAUGAGGUGCAUUUAACUCCGGAAUCUUCGCCAGAGUUGACCAAACGCUCUUGGUUCGGCAACUUGAUAACCACGGAAAAGGAUGAGACCUUCACCAUAUUGGUCAAGGGAAAACCCAUUGCCACAGUCAAAGCUCAUUUGAUACAUGCAUUUCUAUCCAUGGCCGAACUAUCGCAUAGUGUAGUUUCGCCCACCUCGUUCCGUGUGGAAUAUAAACGCAACGGCAACGGACCAGUUAUGUUUCAGCGUCAUGUCAAGUUUCAGGUUGACAUAAGCGCCAUUUGCAAACAAGGUGAUAUUGCGGAUAUGCUAUUCGCUCUAACGUUUACACUGCUAUCAGGCAAUAUUCGCCGCUUUCGUCGCAUUUGCGAGCACAUACAGUCGCAGGUGUGCUCGAAACGUUUUCCGGGUCCUAGCAGUCCGCCAACAGUAACCUCAGUCACCCAGGCGGUCUCCGAGAGCUCCUCGUGUGGUUCGGUAUCCAGCGAACGUUUGUCCUACAAGCGCCAGGUGAUUGAAAACGAUUUGGAAAAUGAUUCCAUAUUCUCAUAUAAAUCGGGUAAUGGACGUCGCGCAUCAACGACGAAUAACAACAAUGCCAAUCCCGUGGAUAUACCAGGCAGUCCCAUUGCAGUGCGUUCAAACUCCGAGACGGCUGAGCAUGAACGCAACCGCGAACUGCAGAGUGAGCGACAGGCGACAACGAUGUCCGGUAGUGCAAUCGCAUGAGAAUUAUUUCUCUGAUUUAGUUACAUUUUUCCCAAGGAUAUUUGUUUCCAAUUAACAAUAAGAAAUACUACCAAAUAUUUCAACUAAACGAACUCAAAACUGCAACUGAAACAGUAUUUUGUCCCUCUUCAACACGAAUACUAACAACAAUAAGCUCGAUAAGAAAGCAAUAAUAGUGGAAUUUACAAUAACUUAUAAAGAGAAAAAGAAAAUACACAGCUAAACAUUUUAAAAUUUCAGCAACUGAAGCGGAAACUGCUUAAAGUCGAUUGAGGAAAACUUUUGCUAGCUGCUGCAGCUUUUCACAUAUUCUGUUAUAUUUAUCGAAAUCUAUAUCUCUACAUUGUUUUGACUAUAAUUUGAUUUUAGAGUAUGUUCUUUUGUAUGGACAUUGUUGCCGCCGCGCCUAAAAGCUUACAAACUAUGACUUAAUAACACCGUGUAAAAAUACCAAAAUAACAAAAGCGAGAUUAAACAAAGAAUACUUAAAAGAUAAAGUAAUUACGAAACAAAAACAAUUCGUUUGGAGUAGUUUUUGAAUACGCUCUAGCUUAAGCCACAAUGUUAUUAUAGAGUUUUUCAUAAUCUAGUCUAAGCUUGAUAUUAGCUAACCAAAUUAAAUGCUACUCAAGUAAACGCCAGCAAUUUGUAUAUUGUGUAAAAAACAAGAAUGCACUGACUAAACAAAAUACCAAAAAUACUGAAUAAAAUAAAUCAAUCCUUAAAGCUACGCGUUGCUGUUUUUCUAUGCAAAACAAAUGAAAAUAAAGAAAACAAAACUAUUUUGGUAUCCACACAAACAAAUCAUUUACUCAGAAACACAAACUAUUUUUCCUAAAAUAAAAAAAAUACUAAAUAAACAACAACAUCUUUCCGACUUCUAAGCAUGCAAACAGGACGAUCAUAAUAUUGUUGUGUGGUACAGUAAGAAAUCGAAUACGAAGUGCACAGUGUAUAAAGUACAGUUAAAACGAACUACAUUAAUCAACUCGAAAUUAAUAUGUAUUAUGGAAAGCUAGACUAAAGUUGAACAUGUAUAAAUCAAAUAUUGAUGUGGAAAAGGAUAUUGUUUAAGUUGCUGAGCUGCACGAGAGCAAAGAAAACCCAAUAAAAAUUGACUUAAAAAUUUUCUAUUAU